GUAUUCGGGACGAUUAUAGCCCGAAGCAUUCCGAUAUCAAUUCGUCACAUGAUAACGUGCCAUCGAUUCCAAGGAAGUGAAGACUCAAGAUGUUGGCAGUGUCCGUUAUAAUUCUCCUCGUUGGAACUUGUACUUGUACGUUUGAUGUACCUGUACUUAUAUGGUCAAAAAGCAGCCCUUUGAGCCAUGUACCACAGGUUAAUCUUGGAAACACAGUGAAAGUCUCUGAAUUUUCUCAGAACUAUCUAACACCUCUGACGUCACAGAAAGAUGGAAACCUGGUUGUUUUCCUACAGGAAAAGUUAAGUCUCCAAGACUUUACAAAGUAUGCAGAUGUUUACAAUUCCUUCAGUGAUGGUGGAGCAUUUAAAAAUGUCAAGGCCCUAAUGGAUGAAAACUUCUCUGUCCAACUACCUGCAGUUAGUUCACCAGAAAGGGCACUGGACAUGCUAAAGAAGGCUUUCAAGGGGAAUGUUCAUGAUGUCACAAUCCCAGCAGAUGUUAAUGGCCUUAACCUGGGGUCAAGUGUCACGAACUUGAUAAUAGUUCAUUUGACCCCAGCAAGUGGUGUUCAGUCUGAAGAAGAAACUAUUGCAAGCAAUGAUGAACAGAUUGGCGAGGUUGUACGAAGGCUUGACAAGAGGGACCUUAUAUACACUGCCUUGUACACAGCAAAGAGAGCUGCGCAGGUGGAAAAGGAAGUCAAAGGUGUGAAGCGUCGCUUGUUGGCAGCUGAGUCAUUCAAUGAAGUGAACAAUGGAACCUUCCUGAACAUCACCUGUAUGUUCUUCUAUGUCCGCACCAUCACUACCUAUGUGGACAAAGGUGGCAAAAACACCACCAUACAGCUCAAUGACACUUCUAAGUUUGUUGAUGAUGGAUCUAUGUGUGACAAUUCAACAGCCAUGUUGAAGUUCACAUAUACUGAUGACAGUGGCCUGAAACUGACAAUGAUGUUUGACAUAUCAGACAAGAACACUUCUGAGUGGAAGGUAGAAUCACUCAAAGUGAAAGUGGAUGGAACUGUGAACAAUGUGGACUAUUCAGGUGAAGCAAACAUGAACACAAAUAAGAUGAAUGUGUGGGCUCCAAAAGAUUUCUCCUACCACUGUUCCCAUCUACCUGUCAUCAAUGCUACCGCAGACAACACUACCACAGUCAACAUCAGCCUCAUCUUUGAUGGCCUCCAGUUGCAACCAUUCAACAUCAUAAACAACCAGUUUUCUGAUGGCUGGGACUGUGUACCUUUCUUCACAGAGGGGAUCUGGAUGGGUCUCCUGUCUGUCCUACUCCUCACGCUCAUCCUUCUGUAUGGCUUCAGCAUGCUUGCCGACAUCAAGACCAUGGACAAGUUUGAUGAUGCCAAGGGCAAAACCAUCACUGUAAAUGCAUCGGAUUAACUGUGCUUGUGGAAUUAUGAUAGCUUUCAAAAUUUCUAAAUACUAGGAGUAGCCAAACAAUUAGAAUAGUAUCACUGUUGUUACCUCAUAUUUACUAUAUAGUACCACCUACACUCAAACUUCCAUUAGUCAAACUUUAAAUAUUCAAAUUUCUCAAUAUGUCGAACUUACGAUAAAGGCCAUAUUUUUCCUUAAAUAACACUACUUGUAUUCUAUUAAUGAAUCAAACUUUUAGAAGUCAAAUUUCUUACAGUUUCAAAGUAUAGUAAUGGUUGAUGGGUUAUGAAAACCUUGAAAGUUACAGCUAAUAAAUCAACAUGAAAAAAAUACAUGUACUUAAACAAGGGAGCAGGCUUCAGAAAUUGUAUUUAUAAUAUAGAAAUGUGAACAAACAUGCUAUUCUGAUUGCUAUAAAUUCAAUAUUUAUAUAUCUUAAGUAAAAGGAUUUCUUAGCCAGUGUUGUGUCAUUUAUGAAUCACUUUUGGUCUUAUGUUCAGGAUCUCAAUGAUGUUUGUUUGUUGUUCAAAAUUGGUGAGUCGAUUUCCUGAUGUUUCAAUUUUAUUUUGGUGAUCCUGUUAAGUUUUUAACUGUAUAUCUGAAUUGUGGUAGUUUUAAAAUAUUUGUUAAAAAAUGAUAUUUUCAAGUUAAAGAAUAUCAGGCACUUCUUGAAAACCUUUUGUAUAGCAAAUUUAAAAAAAAAAAAAUACAUUUGAUAUAGAUUGAUUAAAUACCUUUGGCAUCUU